AUCGAGGAGCUAAAAUCAUUUUGAAUAUGCAACCAAGCCAAGAGCUCAAGAGCUCAAACCCACAAGAGCACUACUAAACCACCGAAACCACUACUAAGCUCGUGCUGCUGCAACAAAGUAUUACAUACACAUAUAGAAAUACUAAAUAAUGGAUUUUGAGGAUUCUCCACGUCUUCGACUACCUGUUAGCAACUCGUCUGCCGUUGCUGGAGCUGCCGAUCUGCUGGACAGUGCAGCAUUCAAUGAAACGGAUAGCAAUUGGUCCGCAGCAGCGAAUUUCACUCGGCUUUUCGUUGCAGCCGUCACGGAGGUGGCUCCCAACAUAGCCAACUACACGCUCAACAUACUGGAUGCUGGCCUUGCCCUGGCCACAGAAGCCACAGCCACCUCAGAGGCUGCGGCUGCUAACAGUAAUGGAAACUCUGAGGCGGCUUAUGCCAUUAUGACCAAUUCACGCCUGAAUAGCUCAACGCUCGGUCACACCAACAGCUUGCACGAGUUAUCGACGUUGGCGGAGCAGGUGCCGGAGCAUGUAAUGGACCAUGCACCACAGCUGUCACGCUCUGGCAUGCUCAAGGUUUAUGUGUUGGCUGUGAUGGCACUUUUCUCAAUGCUCGGCAAUCUGCUGACCAUAUGGAACAUAUACAAGACUCGAAUCACGCGACGCAACUCUCGUCACACAUGGAGCGCCAUCUACUCGCUAAUGUUUCACUUGUCCAUUGCUGAUGUCCUGGUCACCGGCUUCUGUCUGAUUGGCGAGGCAGCCUGGAGCUACACGGUUCAGUGGCUGGCAAAUGAGCUCACUUGCAAGCUGGUGAAGCUGUUUCAAAUGUUCAGCCUGUACCUGUCGACCUAUGUGCUGGUCCUCAUCGGCGUCGAUCGCUGGAUAGCUGUCAAGUAUCCGAUGAAGUCGCUCAACAUGGCCAAGCGCUGUCAUCGGCUGCUCGGCGGCACAUAUAUACUCUCGCUGGUGCUCAGCCUGCCGCAGUUCUUCAUUUUCCAUGUGGCACGAGGUCCUUUCGUCGAGGAGUUCUAUCAGUGUGUGACUCACGGCUUCUACACGGCCGACUGGCAGGAGCAGAUGUAUGCUACCUUCACGCUCGUCUUCACUUUCCUGCUGCCCUUGUGCAUACUCUUUGGCACCUACAUGUCAACCUUUCGAACCAUCUCAAGCAGCGAAAAAAUGUUCCAGGGCUCCAAAUUGGCCAACUAUUCGACAACGAAACAGCUGCCCACGCAGACGAACCGGCAACGUCUAAUACACAAGGCGAAAAUGAAAUCGUUACGAAUCUCAGUGGUGAUCAUUAUCGCCUUCCUCAUUUGCUGGACACCCUACUACGUAAUGAUGAUUAUCUUCCUGUUCUGGAAUCCAGAUAAAAAGCUGGGCGAUGAGUUGCAGGACGCCAUCUUCUUCUUCGGCAUGUCCAACAGCCUCGUUAACCCGCUCAUCUACGGCGCCUUUCAUCUCUGCCCCGGCAAGGGCAACAAAUCCGGCACGGGCGGUGGAAACAACAAUGCAUACAGCUUAAACAGAGGUGACUCACAGCGCACUCCCUCGAUGCUGACGGCUGUUACCCAGGUGGAUGCAGGUGGCAGCGGAAGGCAUCUGCGCACCUUCCGCCAGCAGAGCUACUACCGCAGCUCCAGCAACGGCACCACCGGUGGACCAUUCAAGGAACAGGUGGGCUUGCUGCAGGUCGGCAGCUCCUCAGGAUGCGCAGCCACGCCUCAGAUGAUGAGGAAAAGCUCAACAGUGCGCAGCCCACAUCCCAAUCACAGCUCGGCGAUCGCUGGCCGGCACUCGGGCUGUCUGCGCGAGCAGGAACAGCUGCUGCUGCAGUCGACGCCGUCCACGCUGGUGCUCAACUACGACAGCCAGCGCGGCGGCGUUGGCGUGGGCGUGGCCAAUGGACACAAGCUGCUGACGGGUAUCAGCCACCUGACGGACAACAACGAACGGGUGUCGAGUGUGUGAGCAGAGCUAGCGGCGAUGGUGACGGUCGAGGCAGAGGUGGGUGCGACAAUGCGCGCGGUGGAGGAUGCUUGCUCCUGCUGCCGUUGCCUGAGCCAGGAACUAGUGCGGCGCCAACAGGAACUCCUAGAGUCAACCGGCUCGCCCGCACAAUAAACCAGUCUAAGAUGCUGUGAAAUGUACAGUUAAAACGAAGCGACCACCUGGCGUGAUGCGCGACUCUUCCAGUACUCGAGAGGUUGUUCAAGAUUGCGUUGCCAGCGGGGUGGAGCGGAACGGAGCAUGACGCUGUCGAUGAUCAGAUCAUCGAGCCGUGCAACAUUUGAUUAGUUAAACUAACUGAGAGUUAAGUCUUUGAACACUGUUCGUGUGCGUAGUCGUAACCGUAGGCUUACUUAAAUAGCGAGUGUAGGACAUAAGAGUGUGGCUGACAACUAAGGGCGUGACCGGAGAGAUUCGUGCCGGUCCAUAACUAUAUAUAUGCAUAUUCAAUUAUAUAUGUAUUUGUGUGUGAGUGACUGAGUGAGUGAGUGUGAGUGUGUCUCUGUUUGUAAAAAGGGGAGUCUAAAUGUAAAUUUGAUGAUAUUUUAAUCGCCACAGAGCUCAGCUGUGCGAGUAUUCAUUUCGAAUGCGGGGAAAAAACACGUUUUAUGCGAUGCCAAUUUAUGUAUAUGCAAUUUUAAUUACCUAGUGACAUCGCUAUACAACUAUAUAUAUUAUAUAUACAUACAAUAUAAGCAGUAUCAAAUGCGGAGCAUAGGCAGAGUAGUUACUAGCUGAAGUCGGACAAGGAACACCACACUAGCUACCGAAAUUAGUUGUAAUGUUAUUGCGAAUUUUAGCUACCCGGAUUAGUGCGGCAGCUGUAGUCCAAGCAGGUUAAUUACAUCGACUAAGCCCCUAUAAUACUUGUAAGAUGUAUGUACUUAACUUAUAUAGGUUUACGCCAUUUGUGCAUACAGACAAACAUUUAUAUAUAGGUAUGUGUGUGCUGCCAAAAUUAAUGCACAGGCUGUCCAUGUUGAAGCUUGAUAAAUGCCUUAGGGAUUUCUGGAGGCCUCAAUUAAAUUUUAUUUCUUCACACAGAAAAAACUCAUAAUUAACAAAAAAUUGUGUUCUAGUCGGGACUAGUCGGCGAGAAGAAAUCUG